ACUCUCUGUGUACACGAUACGAUUGACUCUAUUUGUCAGGCAAUGAGUGUGGUAAUUUGCAAAUAUUUACUGUUUGUGAGGUUGUUUGUGACUCACAAAUAUUGUGUGUGACGUACGAACUCGGUUACUUUAAAUUAAUUUAAACUAUACGCAAAAUACUGAGGUCUUCAUUAAGUUCCUGAAGCACCAACACAGCACCAACGACUAUAACUAGAAACAAUGUCAGCACAAAUUCCAGAAGCAGAAAUUAACGGCGCUCUAGCAAAUCUUCAGAACUUGUCCGACGACGAGUUGAAGCAAUUGAUUGAGGACGACAAUGUAUUUGAAAACUUUGUUCAAAAUUUGGCUCAGGUAAAACAAUGGGACUCUGAAAAGGAAAUGUUGAUGGCAAGCAAUAAAUCUCUGGCAGAGUAUAAUUUGGCAUAUGAACCCAAAUUGAAAGACGGAAAAGCAGUGCUGAUGGAAUUGUAUGAGAAGGCUCGGGCACUUGCGGAUGAAUUAGAAACGAAACGUGCACAACUUGAAUCGCUAAGCUCAAAAACAUCGUUGGACACAACAUACGCCCUGUUGCAAGCAUCUUCUGCAGAAGCGGAAGAAGAGAGCGAAGCCGUUACCGAACAAUUUUUAAGUGGUGAAAUAGAGACUGAUGCCUUCAUUACCAAAUUCAUCACAAUGAGAACAACGGCACAUCUACGACGUUUAAAAGCAGAGAAAAUGGGGGAAAUUGUUGCUUCACAAAGAAAUAGGUCCUCUUUUAAUUCUGCUCCCUAUCCAACUAGCCCUCCUUCAAUGCCAAUGCCAGGGCCAGGAAUGAUGUAAAAAUGUGUGUGCUUCCGAGUUCCAAAAUUUUUAAGUCUUCAAUCACUUUCGAGCUUUUCUGUCAAUCUUUUUUCAUCAUAUCAAACAUUCAAUUGAAUUACGGAAUUUAAAGAAUAGGAAAAUGGAAAAGGAAGUCUUAUAUUUAUUUCGUGUGUUUGAAACUUUGUUUUAUGGAAAACGCAUCUCAUGAAUAAUAUUUGGGCUACACGCACACAUGAUAAAUUUGUAUAUAGCGCGAUUAUAAGUGUACAGAAUGCAUCUUUUUCUGUUAUAUAUGUAGUUGUAUGUAUUAAUAAUUUUCUAUCUAUAAUAAUUACUUGUAAUAUGAUUACAUGUUUGGAUAAAAGAUAUGGAUUUACUGAGCUUUACUCUCCUUCUGGACCUUAGACUUUAGUGCUUCUUUACCAUGUGUGGUUGAAAUAUUCAGAAAUGUAGUAUGUUAAGUUAAUGUAAUACAAAUGUGUUGAAUUAUGCGUUGAAUAAAAGGUGUUAAAUGUGUCGUGCCACACAUAUUACCGCAAUAUUUGUUAUG